UGGCAAUAAAAAUUAUGAAAAGUUUUUUGUUUACAAGACCACGGGCUUAUAUACCACUUGUUUGAGUACAAAUCCAUAAAGCCGUUCGAUCACCUCCUUAAUCUGAAUAAUUAAUAACUUGAAAAGAUUGCAACAGAGAUAAGAGUUUUAAUGCAAAACAUAGAAGUCGUUGACUAGAACUCAAACAUAAACAAAUAAGAAUAUGUAUGCUUGUUUUGACAGCUGAUAAGCCCCAAUAGAGGUUCAUUCCAAUGCAAAUGUAUAUAUUUAUUUUGCUGUAAGACUAAUCGAAGGUUUCUUGUAGGUGUAAAAGUUAUCGGCGGAGCUCCUAAAUGGAUUUUAAUUUCAUAAUCCCACUCGAGUUUAUGCGAUCGCAGUGCAAGGUUUAUCGCCUCAAGUGGCACAUUGCUGGGGUCUCAGGAGCCGCUUUGCUUCUCGUUUCAUUUCGUUCGACUCAACCGCCGCGAUAAGACCCCUCCGUGGAGACCAGCGUUCAGCGAAAUGGAACAUUUCAGUGGGGUUCUGGGUUUUAUCACCCUCUUUUUACUGAGCCCAGUGCUAGCAGAGGCAACCUGCGGCUUUAAGGCAUGCCCCAACACAAAGCUGAACAUGAUCAAUGUGCAUUUGGUCCCCCAUUCGCACGACGAUGUGGGGUGGCUAAAGACCGCGGAUCAGUACUACUACGGAAGUCAGAACAGCAUUCAGCACGCAGGAGUGCAGUAUAUCCUGGACACCGUGGUCGAGGAGCUCCUGAAGGACUCGAGACGGCGUUUCAUCCAGGUGGAAACGUUCUUCUUUGCGAAGUGGUACUCCGAGCAAAGCGAAGCUGUUCAGCGAGCUGUGCAAAAACUGGUGGCAGAGGGACGACUGGAGUUCGCAGGAGGAGCUUGGAGCAUGAACGACGAGGCCACAGUGCACUACCAAAGUGUGAUAGAUCAAUUCAAAUUGGGCCUGAAAUACCUGAAAGACAUCUUCGGCGAGUGUGGUCGUCCGACCAUCGGCUGGCAGAUCGAUCCCUUCGGCCACUCCCGGGAAAUGGCCUCUAUGUUUGCGCAAAUGGGAUUCAAUGGCCAAUUCUUCGCCCGCAUGGACUACAUGGACAAGCGGAAACGUCUGCAGGACCAGGAGAUGGAGAUGAUUUGGCAGUCGAGCGAAUACCUGAGGAGCUCUAACCUAUUUACCGGCAUGCUGUACAAUCACUACUCCGCGCCUCCCGGAUUUUGCUUCGAUAUCAAUUGCCAGGAUGCUCCAAUCAUCGAUGGCGAGAGCUACGACAACAACGUUGACCAGAGAGUCAGCGACUUUAUCGACUACGUUAAGACAAUGGCCAAGUCCUAUCGAUCCACCCACAUAAUGGUGCCCAUGGGGGACGAUUUCCAGUACGAAGUCGCGGCAGUUAAUUUCAAAAACAUGGACAAACUGAUUAAGUACGUCAACGAUCGCCAAUUGGCGGGGUCCCAGGUCAACGUUUUCUACUCAACGCCCUCCUGCUACCUCUACGAGCUGCACCAGUUGCACCAAACGUGGCCAAACAAAACCGACGACUUCUUUCCGUACUCCAGUGACUCGCACUCCUACUGGACGGGGUACUUCACCUCGCGUCCCACCCAGAAGCGCUUCCAUCGGGACGGAAACCACUUCUUCCAGACGGUGAAGCAACUGAGUGUUCUGGCCAACCUCACCGACGCCCAGCACUCGGAGAAUCUGGAAAGCCUGAGCCAGGCGAUGGGCAUCAUGCAGCACCAUGACGCUGUGACAGGCACCGAAAAGCAGGCCGUGGCCCGCGAUUACGACCGUAUGUUGUUCAAGGCGAUCGUUGGUGCCGAAAGUAAUGCUCGCGACGCCCUGCGAUCCCUGACGAACUUGACUUCCGGGGAGUUCGAAAGCUGCCUGGAUCUGAACAUAAGUGCUUGUGCUUUCACCCAGAGCACUGCCAACAAUGUGGUGGUGACCCUGGUAAAUCCAAUGGCUCAUGCUUCAACGCAGUACGUGCGAGUUCCGGUGAAGAACGAGAACUACAUAGUCACCGAUGAAAAAGGUCGAGAAAUACCCUCGGAAGUUGUGCCCGUUCCCUGGCAAGUUUUGGCCCUGGAACACCGCUCGAAUGGCACACAACACGAGUUGGUCUUCAGAGCCAGUGUUGAGAAGGUGGCCAACUUUUUAAUUCGCGUACUGCCGUCCCCGAAAAGUGUUGUUAAGAACACUGCACAGUUCCCCCAGGAAAAAGCCAUAGAUGAGACCGAUGAACUAAUAGUGGAGAAUUCGCUCGUCAAACUGACUUUCGAUACAACUACGGGUGGCUUGAAAACCAUUGAAAUGAACGGCAUACGGGAAGAUAUUCAUCAAAGCUUUGGAAUAUACAAAGGAUUUCGAGGAAAUAAUGGUGAGGCCAACAACCGCUCUUCCGGAGCCUACGUUUUCCGACCGGACGGCGAUAUUGAAGUACUGAGUAGCAACCAAGUGGACCUCACGUUCUACAACGGCACCAGAGUUAAGGAAGUCUAUCAGCAAGUGAACGAGUGGGUCUCCCAGGUAAUCCGCAUCUACGAUGAGGUGAAUCGCGUGGAGUUCGAAUGGUUGGUCGGACCGAUUCCGGCGGAUGACGAGGUUGGCAAAGAGGUAAUCACCCGCUUCUCGAGUGGUAUAGCCUCCAAGGGAAAGUUCUACACCGACUCCAAUGGCCGGGAAAUGCUAGAGCGUGUGAGGAACCAGCGGGAGACCUUCGAUCCCAACAUGUCGGAGGCCAUUAGCGGCAACUAUUACCCAGUAACCGGGCAGAUUUCCCUGCAAGACGACGAGAAGCGAAUCACCCUGCUGAACGAUCGGGCUCAGGGAGGAGCGAGCCUGAACGACGGCGAGCUGGAGCUGAUGCUGCACCGUCGCCUCCUGAAUGAUGACGCCUUCGGAGUUGGUGAAGCCCUCAAUGAGACUCAGUUUGGAACCGGCUUGAUCGCCAGGGGAAAGAUCUAUUUGAUUCUCGAUGAAGCCUCGGAGAAACCCAAGCACGCAGAGCGACUUCUCCAGCACGAGUUGGACCAGCACUUUUGGAAGUUCUUCAGCAAGUCCAAUGGCGUUCCCUCUGUAAACAAGAACAUGAUUCCCGACUUCACCGAUCUGCCUAAGACAGUCGAGCUGCUCUCUUUUGAACAAUACUCCAGGGACCAAGUGCUGAUAAGAGUGGAGAACUUGGCCACGGAAGGAAACGUGGUUAGCUUCAACAUUCACCCCCUCUUCGAGUCCCUCAACGGAGAUCGGAUUUGGGAGACAACUUUGGAUGGGAACAUGGAGUUGGUCGACAUGAAGAGGUUCAAGUUCAGUCAAGACGGCGCCGGUGGUAUUCCUUCCUCCGUGGAGUAUUACUACGCUCCUCAUAGUCCGCUGUCAUCCAACUCUACGAUGAGCGCUAGCGAAUUCGUGGUCACUCUGGUCCCAAUGCAGAUUAGAACAUUCAUAAUCCAACAAAAAUAAAAGGUUGCCAUUUGUAAAUAAAAAUGGUUAAAAAGCU